AUCGUGGCCCAGUACAUAGUCCAUGCUGGCCACGCCAAGUUCAUCUUCAAUUCCGACGGCGAGAGCUCCCUCCUAGCGGUCAAGAAGGCCACGGUUUCGGAGGCGUGCCGCAUGGGCUGUGAGAUCUCUGCGACGCCCAGGGAGAGCCCGGUCGGCGACUCCCAGAAGUACGGGCACAUCGAGCGCGCAACCUGGGAGGUCCAGGGCCUCGCGAGGGCCCUGGUCCACAGGGCGGUGGAGCUCCACAAGGAGAAGUUCCACGCUGCGCACCAUCCGGUGGUUUGGGCUCUUCGGUAUUCGUCUCAGCUGCUGAGUCGGUUCCAGAGGUCUGGCGACGACGGCAGGACGGCGUUCGAGAGGCGGAAGGGCAGGCCCCGCCGCCGGCGGCCCCCGGAGCAUGAGCUUGUGAUGUUCUUGACCGACGGCAGCGGCGCAGUCCGAGGCUUGCAGGCGGAUGCGAUGUCUGAGAGCCCUAACCUUGGCCAGCCGGGCCACGUGGCCACCGAGCCCACGACGCUAGCCACCGAGGCGGGCAAUGGCAACAUCGCGAGGUUCCUGGAGCGCGCGAGUGAGUUCGGCCUCGUGCCGGGUUUCGCGCUCGACCUCGGGGCGGGGUGGGGCCCGGGCUUUCCAGCCCAGCGAGGCGAGGCGAUGCAGCUCCGAGAUCGAGAGCGGCCGUUGCUCCUCAUCGGCUCUCCGCGCUGCGCGGCGCGGACGUCCAUGCUGAAUUCCACAUCGGCGAGGGAGGGGCCCAUCGAGGGCCUCAUGGCGGAGGCGAUCGAGCACGUGGGCAUGUGCAUCACGAUGUACAACAAGCAGCUGGAGGACGGCCGUUACUUCUUGCACGACGCUCCGCACACGGCGAGGCCGGGCAGACAGUUCCGGCCUAGCACGCAACCUGACGGCAGCAUGAAGGACAUGAUCGUCCAGGGGCGCGCUGGCUGGCCCACCAACUAUUUGUGCAUCGCGAAGGAGCUCGCCCAGUUCCAGCGUAGGAAUCGCCACGGCGGCUACCGCGAGCACUAUCACCUGCUCGAGGGGAGGGCCAAGCACAGGGCCAACUACCCGCCGGCUCUCGUGGCGGCCAUCCUGCGCGGCUUCACGGCGCUGGUCGAGCUGGACAAGAUGGCGAGCGGCAUGGGCAUCUCCGCGGGCAGCCCGGACGAGGGAUGCAACGUGGACGCCGAGACCCGCGAGAUGCUGCGCAUUCCCGAGUACGAGAACAUCUUUGAUGACGUGACUGGCGCGCAGCUGCCCCCUGAGAAGGUGGCCGCCGCGCGCGUGGCGGAGAUUGAGUUUCUCCGCGGCUGCCCCGUCUGCAAGCGCGCGGGCGCUUCCGAGGCGGACGGCCGCGAGAUCAUCGGUACCAGAUGGGUGGGCGCGAACAGAGGCGACUGCGAGAACGCGAACGCGAGGCCGCGGCUGCGCGCGAAGGGGCACAAGUGGAAGAACCCGUGGCUCGAGAACAUUUAUGUUGGCACUCCACCGCGGGAAGGCGCCAAGAUGGUGCUGAGCAAGGCCAUGGCGAAGGCCAAGAACCCCAACGGCGGCUUCAAGAAGAAGAAGGUUCUCAUCCUUGACAUCUCGAGGGCUCACUCUCAUCCGCCGGCCAAACGCAAGCUGUUCAUCCGUAUCCCUCCUAAGGGCGGUGGCGGAGCGGGACUACUGCUUCGCACGAUGUACGGCAUGAGGGAUGCGGCGGCCCGCUGGGGGGAGUACCGCCAGGAGAGGCCGGCCCUGGCUGGCUACAAGGCAAGCAUAUCCUGCCCUUACGCCUUCACUGACUCCGACAGAUCCUCGUCUGGGGCGGCGCAUGGCCACGACUUUGUCUUCACGGGCGAGGAGCGGCAGCUCGACGCGAUGGCCGCCACGCUGCGGAAGCACAUGCUGACGCAGAG